CAGACUUCAGUUUCUGACUUGUGAUUUACAUAUCUGUGGACUUUAUUUUUCUGAUUCACAGUGAUUACUGAAAAUUAUGCUUAAAAAGUAAAAUUACUUUACAUAAAAUAAUAAUAAAAGUAAAUUUUGAAAUGUAGUGCCUUAUUAAAAAUAUCUGUAUACAGUGUUUGGUGGUGUAUUUCUAUCGCACAGCAACCGAAGAUGAUCUCAUUGACGUGCUGACUUUAGUUACGUUCUUUUCGGCGAGAGAUCUUGAUCUUUUUAUUGUUAUUGACUUGACUGAGUCCAAUGACCUUGUAACGUUUAAGAAAUUUAUAGAAAAUAGUUAAAAUGAAGAAGCAAUUCUACAGGGUUAAGCAACUCGCUGACCAAACCUUUUCAAGGGGUGGCAAGGGUGAAGCACUGACUGAUGAGUUGCAAACAGCUGAUAGAAAAGUGGAGCAUCUUCGGAAUGCUCUCCAGCUUAUUAGCAAACGGUUAUCUACUGGUGCUGGAAACACACAAGGGCAAGAUCCAGCAGCCCGUGAGAAGAGACUCAAAAAACUUCCUGAGUACCUGCUAGGACUUUCAAUGUGUGAAGCCAGCAAUUUUGAUGAUGAUGACAGUAUUUUAAAAUACAUACUCUAUGAAUGUGGAAAAACGGAGAAAUUUCUUGCUAAUGAAAUUGCUGAACAUGAGCUCAAAGUAGAACAACUUGUAUGUGCCCCAUUAACAACUAUUGGUGACCAAGACCUUCCCGCAAUAAUGAAAGCGAAAAAACAACUCAGCAGACUCAUGAGUGAAAAAGAAUCAGCGGCCAGCCGAUAUCAUCAUUUAGAAAGGCAGAAAGAAGAAAAUCCUACCAAGUUGAAUGCUGCAAAAGAAGAACUAGAGGAUGCUGGCAACAAAGUGGAGGCGGCACGUGACGCACUUGCUGCGGACAUGUUCGCUCUCGUCGCGAAGGAGGCGCAGCUCGCACACACCCUGCUGCAAUAUGUGAAGCUGCAACGAGCCUACCAUGAAUCUGCUCUACAUUCCUUAGCGGACACGGUGCCCGAGCUGGAGAGGUUUAUAAACGACAGCUCGGUGAAGCCCGUGUUCGGCUACCCGCUGGAGGAGCACUUGCGCGUGACGGCGCGCACCAUCGCCUUCCCCGUGGAGCUGUGCGUGUGCACGCUGCACGAGCUGGCGCUCAACGAGGAGGGGCUCUUCAGAAUCGCCGGCGGCACAUCAAAGGUACGAAGAAUGAAACUGUCAUUAGACGCAGGCCUCUUCAACGUUCCGUUGCCACGAGAUUACAGAGAUAUGCACGUCGUGGCCUCAGUUUUGAAGUCCUACCUUAGAGAACUACCCGAGCCCCUAUUGACGUAUCGGCUAUAUGAAAACUUUAUCCUAGCUUCACGCCAGCCCUCAGAACAGGCGCGACUCAACGCUCUCUGGGAAGCCAUACAUUUAUUGCCCGAUGCCAACUUCCAAAAUCUAAGAUAUCUCAUAAAAUUUUUGUCUGCUUUGACCCAAAAUCAAAGCACAAACAAAAUGACGCCUUCAAACCUGGCCAUCGUCAUAGCGCCUAACUUGCUCUGGGCCGCCGACGAGAGCACUUUCGAUAUGAACAUAACGACCGCAGUCAACUGCGUCGUCGAAUUACUCAUCAAGCACGCCGACUGGUUCUUCAAGGAUGACGUUAACUUCUUUAUCUCGUUUACCAAAGAAGACCUGCUGCCCGAUCAUUGCGAGUACGGCUUCACGCCUACUUUCGUCCAGGGCUACAACCAAACCGUAGCAUUGAGUCAGGAACAGUCAAAUGGCGAGUACAACAGUAUGAGUAAAUCUCUGUACGAUUACAAUCACCAAACUGCGCAGAAAGUGACAGUAGACGGACCCGGGCGGCAUUCGAGAAGCAAUAGUCAUGAUACUAGCUUAAUAUUAAUAGAUAACGACAUGAAGAAAGCUCAGUCGAACAGCUCCUUAUCUGAUCAUUCUAGUCCUCCCCACGGUAGUCCUAAACCAAUAAUGCGACGGAAAAACAAACCACUCGCACCGGUGCCACCGAACUUUACACCAGAUAAGAACAAGAAAGUAGAAGCGCAAACACAAGCCACCGAUACGACGAAAGAUCUAAACUCGGUCGUCAAAGAAGCCGAAAAACCGGCGAAACCUCCGCGGCCGGUAAUUUCAGACACCGGCAAAGUCAUCACGGGAGUGCAGACGAUCAAUCGCUCGACGUAUCGCCAGAACAAAGCGAUGAAAGAGGAAGCGGCCAGGAGCGGGAGCCGGGAAAACCUCGCGGACACCCGGCGGCAGAGCUUCGAGUUCGAAAAGGAUAAAUUUGAAAAUUUAAAAUCGAUGGAAAACAAAAGCGACAAGGAAUCCACGCUAGUCGUGAAAAACGUGACCGCCCAAACGGGCGUCGUGACUAGAAUGAAGGUCAUAGGCGACCCAGCGAGCGGGCCGGCGUCGCUGGGGGCCGAGAGGAGCUCGCUGGAGAAGCCGGUGCGGCUGCCGAUCGCGAAGCCGUCGUCGCAGCCGCCGCCGCGCCCCGUGGCCGCGCCGCGAACGCUGCUGCCGCCCGCCGACGCCGACGCCGACGUGCAGCUGCGCCACAAGCCCGCCGUGCCCGAGCGGCCCGCCACGCUGCGCCCGCAGAGCUUCCGCGGCACGCGCGCCUCGCUCUCCGACAACCCGGAGGCCGCGCCCACCGUGCUGGAGCGCACGCACAUCUACACGGUCGACAAGCAGCACCCGACCGUCAUCCAGGUGGGCGGCGCCGCCGACGAGGACGGUCCGCGGAGCACGGUGCAGCGUACCCACAGCUCCGGCGGGAAGGACGCGGACCUCGAGGAGCCGAAGAGUCUGAGCAGCGCGAGCAGGCAGCUGUCGCAGUCGGAGGGCAACAUCACGGAGGGCCCCAAGUCCCCUCGCGCGCAGCCGGCGCGUCCCCCUCGCCCCCUGGUGCCGGCGCCGCCGCCGCCGGUCCCGCAGCACGAGAGCACCGACCUCUAGUCCACGCCGCCUUCCAGUUACGUCGGCUUUGAAUAUGGCAUGGCAAUAAACAGAGUAUUAGGAAACG